AUGUCCAGUAACGUUACCGUGUUGGAAGUCGGUACCGGCGUGUUCGUCCUUGCGUUGGUUUGGAUAGCGGCUCUGGUGUUCGGUAUGAUGCUGCUGAGAGCGUCUGGAUCCGCAAAGUUAGGAGUUAUCCCGCUUUUCCUCCUGACUCUCACCAUCACUCUGGCGCUGGUGUUUUUCCCUCGCAGCCCAGAGACCACACCUGCUUUCAAAGAGAUAGAGAUAGUGGACACAUUAUUCAUUGGACGCUACGUGCUGCUGGCCGUGGCGAGCGCAGUCUUUCUGGUAGUGCUCUUCAUGCUGCUUCCCUUUCAUUUCCUGGAGCCAGUCUAUGCCAAAGCUUUAAGAACAUACUAGAGCUGCCAGGGUCAGAGUUGGCACCGGGUUCACAUCGCUGAUGUACAUGUCUUAAAACAAGCAGGCUCAUCAAGAGGCCCCCGCUUCAUCUGGAAACAGA